AUGGCGGCCCUGGCCACACUGUUUUGUGGCUGCCGCUUGCCAGAUGAUUGCCGAACUGCUCAGAAGUCAAAACCAGACAGGAUCUCACCAGCAACGUCUGCUCAGUGCAGAACAAAGUCGCUUGGCUCGAGCAGAUCCUCUCAGUGUACACCUCGUUGCACAUCGAAGGCACAUCAUUGCCAGGAGGAUGAGGCGCAGCAUCUUCAGCAGAGACAUGUGAAUGUCAGCGACAUCAACCAAGAAGUGUGGAGAAUCGUGAAGAACUUCAAAGGUGGGAAGCCUGUUGUGACUCAAAUCAGCGAUGCAGAGUACGAAGUGAAUGGCCGACGAAUCAGGCUACUUGCCCCUGCAAACUCUCGCAUGCUAGUGAAAGAGGACUGCGGAAUUGAGAGCCAGGUGUCUUUUGAAACAUACCUGGCGCAGGCGGCCUAUGUGUCCGACUCAUUACGCGGUGUUUCUGAAGGGUCACCUGCAGUGGCGCAGCUACCUCGCGAGAAGCGUCCAACCUUCCCUCAUGAUGACACAACAUCUUCGAGGAUGGAGGUUCAAUGUUUCUUCAACCAAUUUUCUUGGAAUCGCGAUUUAAACUCAGUCGCAUGUCGUUUCUGGGUUGACAUGAUUUGUUCUUCAAGGAACUCACGAAAUGAAUGA